AUGACUUCUACAUCCGGUUCUGAUUUUGUGACAACUUCCACUGCAACAACUGGAACGACUGGAAGUACUCCAAGCGGUACUCACUCUUCGGACACUGGAUACGGGCUGGUUUCUUUGCGAAGUGAUUGUACUGAUGAAGCGAUUGGAUUGGAAUUGACUCAAGAAGAGAAAGAAUGGCUCAGAUUGGCUCAUGAAUUCACGGCGACCGAGAAACCAUUCAAGGAGCAGAAGGGAUUCCACGUGGCGCGCAAGUUGAGGACCUGGCAUCCGAGACGUCAUGUUACAUGGACUUUCCUUCGGAGACUGUACAACGGUCGUCAAGACAUGAAAGAUGACGAGCUCCGAAACAUUGCCGAACUGAGCAUCGAAGAGAAAAACUAA